AUGGUACCAUUUACAGUUGGCGAUGUUUGCAUGGGUUUAGGGUUGGGUGUUGGUGGUUUAGAUGUAAAUUUUGAUGAUAACUUUGAUGCUGUUGUUUGUCAUCAAUUUUCGUCAAAGUCGUUCACUCUAAAAGAUGUCAUACAUAGGAUAAAACACUCAAAGGCAGUUAGUAACAUGCCUUUUACAGUAUUAGAUAACAUCGAUAAUUUAUACCAAUAUAAUUGGGCAAAAGCUGUGCACACAUUUGUGGUAAAUAGUUUAGGAAAUGCGUCAAGGAUGAUAAGGCAACGUGACAUAAGGGACCUAGGUCUUAGUGGGAAUGUUGCAGUGUUGCAGCUAUGGGCGGUUGAACAUUUGGGUUUAGCGGACGGUGCACAUCACAUUGUCUUCCCGCGAAUAAUAAAUUGGCCUUCGCUUAAGUUAAGGUCUAACAAAAUAGAGGACUUGUUUAAAUGGAAAGAGAUAUGUUGGGAGUGGUUUUUGCGGGAGGAGGACCGUCGGAACUCAAUCAUUCGUGCGGCCCUUCAUUUGGAACGAGGGCCAAUACCGGAAGAUGAUGGACAUGAGUUAGGGUUGAGUUGGGAAGAAUUGGUGAUGAAGAAAAUUGAAGACAACCAAAGAAAAAUUGUUGCAAUGAAUAAAGAUUUAAGAACUUUGGCUACAGUGGUAGGUGUUAGGAAGGAAGAAACAGAGCAACCUUCUUUUUUUAAAGAGGGUGGUACAUGUGGUGUUGAUGUUGAAUGUGAUGAAGUUGAAGGUGAUGAUGAAGAAGGGGAUGAUGGUAAAGCAGAUGAUGGUCAUGUUGAUGGUGGGGCAGAUGGGGAAGGCCAAUGUUUUGAAACAGUCAGGUAUAGUGAUGUGGGUGGUUGUUUCGAAGAAGAGAAGGAGGACGUUGAGGACGUUAUGGAUGUUGCACCUCUUGUAUGCACUAUGGCACGACAUCAUGAUAAUGAGGAUGGCAAUUUAUUGAAUGUAAAUCCAAAAUACUUGUACAACUUGGUUAUUCCGUUUAAGCUUCCUUGGAGGGUUGUUUCUGAAAUUUGCGGUCAAACAUUUGGAACCCAAGAGUGUUAUUCUUUUGGACCUAGGAUGCAGCUUGGCAACAUGGGGAUUUUGUUUGGCACAUCCGUGUUCAUGGUCUUUGAAAGAAGGAGUACUAGAGUAGUGAAAAGGAUAUGUUUUAGUCCAUUAUAUGCGACCCAUGUUUUAAUUGACUCAAGAAAGAGAAAGAGUAAUCGCAAAGUUUGGACAUUGAAUGACUACUGUAACUACUUCCAAUCUAAUAUCAUCGGAUUUGAUGACAUUGUUAAUGCCGAAUUUUUGUUUGUCCCAAUUAUCCAUGACGGGCAUUGGUGGUGCUACGCUGUGAAGAUUUCAUCACUGCAAAUGUUUACACUGGACUCUUUUGGGCACAAAAGAAAAGAACGACAAAAGAUUGACAAUGUCAUUGCAUAUAAUCUUGCAUUGCUUUUUGGACAUUUGUUGAAUUGUUCGGAAGACAACAAACCAUCAUUGGAGGUACAACACUUGCAUACUCCAAUCCAACCAAACAAAUUUGAUUGUGGAGUAAUUGUUUUGAAAAUUAUGGAGUUGUGGAAUGACAUUGAUAAAUACGAAAGAAACACAAUGCCCAGUUACACAACUGAAGAACUACAACAAGUUAGGGAGCAAUAUGUUUGUCAAUGGAUUUUGGAUGUGGACAACGUGCGGAGGAAUCAAGUGUUGCAAGAUUUAGGCAUUUUGUAG